UUUCAAACACUGUCCUUAACGUUCUUGAAAGUAAAAGCUGAAAGAAACUGUUUUGCUACUCAAAACCAACAGAACAUUAUCUUAAAACUUUUUUCCCUGUUGCAAUUGUUCUAAAGUUCCUCAAGUAGGGUUUGUUUUGAAAUCAGAUUUUUUUUUAAUCUGCAGUGUUUAUGGGGUUUUGCUGUUUGGCUAUUAGACAGUCUAAAUUCUGGAAUGGGGAAAAUGUAAACAGUUCCACUUUAUAACUACUGAUGCAAAACUGCUUUAAACCAGGCCUCUGAUUUAUGUGGCAAAAAACAACAAAAAUGCUGCAAUCUUGUGGAUACUUACUUUGAAGUAAAUCUUACUGAACUCAGAGAGGCUUUCUUCUGAGCAAAUUUGUAUAGGAGAAGGCUAUGCAAAACUUUACAGCAUAUGCAUUUAGAAACAUAACCUAAAUUAAAUCACCAUGCUUGUCAUAAUGAAUGCUGGUGAAGAACUCAUAUACAUGAUUUCACAUGGGAACCCAUUUUGCAUGUUUCAUUGUAGUCAGAGCCCAAUUAAUCAAACCUAUAAAUAAAAUUACAGCUGCUGCUAUAUGUGCAGGCUGAAUCCGGAAAUAAAUUACUCAAGUUACUCCACAGUAAAUAUACAUAGGACUGUAACCUAAGGAAGGAUACAGACCAAACUUUAAUAUGUGAAAUUUUGAAAGACUGAAGGUUUUUCUUUUAUAAAAAAAAUUCUGUGGAAAUUAAAGCACAUACAGUAGUUGUAAAACAUUUGGAAUGCCAGGUAGAUAUUCCCAACUUCCUCUACAAGAGAGAAGAGGCUGGUUAGUGUAAGAUUGUGUAAACAUGGGUAGAAUUGCUCUUUGAUAACGCAGGGCAAUGUGUCAUGUACAGUAAGUCCACACUGAACUUGUGUACAUUCAGCUUUAUGUGCUUGGCAAAAAAAAAAACCCUCUCAGUUCGUGUUUGGCUUGUUAGGCUGCAAUCUGUACAGUACAGGCCUGCCCCAACACAGAGAAUACUAUAUGAAUUAGCGGUACCGAGAAAUUUUUCAUUGUAGUUUUUCUGUUAUGGUAACAGUACUUUUUUCUAGCGGGUAAUGGGAACUAGUGCUAUUGUGUCCUUGUAUUUCUUGGUUUGCCUCAUCAUGUGUUUGGGCCGAAUACAGGGAGAAAAAAUUAGCUAUGCAGGCCAACUGUAUAUAUAUAUACAUUUCUACACUGUAAAUGUCAGUGCUUUUCUUCAGCCGGAACUCACCAGAACUCUGUUCCAGCACCACUCAGGUGGGCACCAUUGCCAUUAUAAGGGAACAAGGGAGGCGUUCAUGGAGAGUUCUGGCACCUCUUUCCAGGGCUAGAAUAGCAGCACUGGAAAAUGUCAUUUUGAACACAUAAAAUACACAACAAGUGGAUCGUUUGGUGGUAAGCUAAUACUUUCCUGAACCCCAACCAUCCCUUAGUUCAUUUGCAUGAAGCUUGGAAGCCAAGGGGAAAUAUGGUCAGGAAAGCAGGUUGUAGCAUGGAACAGCCCAGGGGGAAAUAAUGACUAGAAAAUGAAGAGAAAUGAGAGAUAUAGGAGACAUGAACUUGAUGAGAUGAAGGCAACCAAAAGGGGGCUUAGAAAAGUUUCUUAAAUAAAAGGGAGUGCAUGUGAGAGAAGAGAGAGAAACUGGAGCACUGGAGGAUGCCAGGGAGUCUAAGCAAGAGCAACUAGAGUGCAAUUUGUUGUAUUGAUUUCAACUAAUCAACCAGUGUUUGGUUACAGGUCUUUUAUCAUUUGCUGAAAACAUACCAAAUGCGGAGUGUUUUAUGGCUGUGUGAGCAUGAUUAAAACUCUGAGUGAAUGCUUACCUAGGCAUAAUUUUAAUAGGUUCCAGAUCUUUAGGGAGAAGACUCUAAUUCAUUUUUAAAAUAAAACAUAUUUUCUAGCUAGGCAGUAAACAAAACAAAAAACAACCACCACCAUUUCUUAGAUGUCACCUUGGAGAUUCAGCAAACCAACCCACGGAAAUGAUUCCUGAUAAAAAUCACUUAUUGCUCAGACUUAAAGCAGUGGCUGCGUUUACAAAGGAGCUGUACUCCACAGCUCUGUACAGGCUGGGGGGAAAAAUAGCUAUUUGCUGCGGUCAAGGUCUCUGUUCAAAGUCCGAUAAAAAUGCCGAUAUGCUGCUUUAGUUGGUAUUUUGCCAUGGCUAUGAGAAGCUUGCUUUCUGACCAUAGCCACUAUGUUGAAUCCUUUCGUCUGUUCCUUGAGAAUUCGACGGAGCAUCAAUGCAUGUUGGAAUUCAUUCAGAAGAAGCUGCCAGGAAUAUUAUCAAGUAUAGGCAGCGGAAAAUCUACAAUCAAUAUUCUAAGUGUUGGUGGCGGGGCAGGAGAAGUUGACCUUCAGAUUCUUGCAGAAGUACAGGCUAAAUAUCCUGGAGUCGCCAUUUGUAACGAUGUGGUAGAACCAAGUGCUGAACAAAUAAGUGCCUACAAAGAACGAGUAGCAAAGACAGCAAACCUUGAGAACAUAAAGUUUUCUUGGCACAAGGAGACUUCGCUGGAAUAUGAAAGUCGAAUGAAGGGAAGCAAAGAGGUGAAGAAAUGGAACUUCAUCCACAUGAUCCAGAUGCUGUAUUAUGUAAAAGACAUCCCAGCUACUAUCAGGUUUUUCCACAGCCUCUUGGAACCUGGGGCCAAGCUCCUUAUUAUUCUUGUUUCAGGAACCAGUGGCUGGGCCAGGCUCUGGGAGAAAUAUGGUUCUCGCCUGCCUCUGAAUGAUCUCUGCUUGUAUGUUUCAUCUGCUCACAUUGAAGAGAUACUUGACGGGGCUGGUCUAAAGUACAAGUCCUAUGAGCUUCCAUCCGAUAUGGACAUAACUGAUUGCUUCACUGAUGGAAACAGAAAUGGGGAGUUGCUGCUUGAUUUUUUGACCGAAACCUGUAAUUUUAGUAAAACUGCCCCCACUGACUUAAGAAAUGAAAUUAUCAGAGACCUUAAAAAGCUUGAAUACAGUGAAAAGAGGGGUGACAAGUAUUUUUUUAAUAACAAUCUGAGUGCAAUAGUGAUUGAACCCUAAAUGUGUCCAGCUGUGAAGCAGCCACUCAGUUGAAUAUUUAUUAUUUGUUAAAUACUUUAUUAGUUUGGUAAGUAUGCGAUGCUUGAGUCAAAUACACAUAUAUCCACAGGAUCUAACUUUUUUGCCACUGUUACAGCUGCUUAACAAAAUUGUUAGGUGUUUACAAUGCUACAUAUUAAGACUUUGCUAACAGAUCAAAACAUAGCUUGCAGAGUUGUACAUCAUUAUCCUUGCGCAGUGGUUCUGUUGUUGGCUAUCGUGUGCUGAGAUCAUUAAUCAAAACUUGAAAAAUUGCAGGCCUGUGUGCCUCCUGAUUGAUGGAAAAGGUGUUGUAAUGACCUUGAAAAGAUGAAUCCUUUAUGAAGAAAAUGUACAGAAAAAGAAAAAAAAACAUUUUAAAAUAGAACUUUAUAGCUGCCUUUACAGUUAUUGCAACACAUAUUUCAAACCUUUAAAUUUUAGAGCCCACAGUCGGUUCUGCUCUUAGCUCUUUAAUGUUUUCUCUCUCUUUGGUUUAACACUGUUUAUGUAGUGUAAUAUGGAGUGAUAGGCUGGGGAGAAGAGGAGAAGAACCUUAAGAUGCAGGUUUAGAGAUGGGAAGAACAGGCCAAAUGUCUGGGCAUUUGUGCCUGUUUAAUGGUUCUGGUGGAAGUGGAAAAAAAUCUAAGCGAAAGGGGACCUCCAGUCAAGGUAUACAGCUCCGGUAUACAGCUCUGUUACUAAUAUCAGGAAUACCCUGUGUUUGGUGAAUCAGUGCCCCUGUGCAUAUAUCUGCUACUGCAUACAUUAUAGGAUACAUGGGCAUACCUGCACACACAUGCACCUACUGUCCCAUCAUUUAGAGCAGGCAUCCCCAAACUUCGGCCCUCCAGAUGUUUUGGACUACAAUCCCCAUCAUCCCCGACCACUGGUCCUGUUAGCUAGGGAUCAUGGGAGUUGUAGGCCAAAACAUCUGGAGGGCCACAGAGUGGGGAUGCCUGAUUUAGAGCUUGCUAGCAGUGUGGACUGGUCUUUUUUGGGGGUGAACAUGUUUGAGCUUCACAGGCAUUUCAGAGCAGGCACCAAGCACCUAUGAAUUCCCAUUGGCACUGAGCCAUGGAAGAACAACAAUGGUGGAUGCCUAUCCUAGCCUUCUUCCCUUAUCAUUCAGAUACGUCAUCAUUGAAAUGCAGGGGGAUUAUGAGAGUGGAGAAGCUUGAAGAAAGAAGAAGAGCUGAAGCAGGGCUGGGGGGAAGAUUACGUCCUCAGUGGUGAGCACCUGCCUUGCAUGUAGAAGGUCCCUGCCAUGUCAACUUCACAAAAGGAUCAUGAAGCAAGGGGAUGGCAAAGCCCCUCUCUCUGAUGCUGCGCUAGAUUGUCAAAUACGUGCAGCUAGUUUAGGGCGGCUUCCUAUGUUCCUUGGUAUGGGGUGGAGCAACUCUCCAAUGAGGAAUUGUUGCAGUGUUUUUAGCUUGGAAAAAAAAUGUGAGUAAGAGGUGACAUGGUAGAAGUUUAUAAAAUCAUGCAUGGUAUGGAGAAAGUGGAUAGAGAAAAGUGUUUCUGACCCUCUCAUAACACAAACUCAUGGGGAUCUAGUUGAAUGUUGCCCCGAUGUAAAGCUCCCAAAGAAAUGUGGAGCUACUUUUGCCACAGAAUCACCCCAGUCUGUCCCCAAGCAUUUAGGACAAGGGAUAUGGUUACAAAGUUGGAGCAUUCAUGUUCUGGACAGGCUUAAAUCCUGGCAUUUCCCCUGCAAGUUAUUUCAGAAGACUCAGCCAUGUGGUUACUUCUCUCCAUGUAACCCUGUGCUCAAGUGGGGAGUAUAAAAACAGAGAAAGGCAGAAGCUUCCUGUUUUGCUGUCUCACAGCCUCAUCUUGUGCCUGAUCAAGAUUUGCAUGCAUUAUUUUGCCGGCAACUUUAAAAUCCUUCUAAAAGGGAUUUUUAGACAGGAUGAUGCCUUCUCUGUAGUCACCUGAUUGACUAAUGUAGGGUAGUUAAAAGCUAUGGCUCAUCUAUUCCAUUCCUCAAAAUGAAACAUACGUUGCUCAGAUCACUGUAGCAAAAGGAUGUGAUUUAAGAUGAUCCCUUAGCAGUGACAUUCACAGUUUUCACACAGGCAAAAUGACAUUAGCGCUUCAUGUCAGCUUCCCAAAUGUCGGAAGGAGCAGAUUAAUGUAUGAGCCAACAUACUGUAUACGUCUUUCUGAACAAUCUGUGGCUUUUUAAGGUGUGCUCUGCAUUUAUGCCUUAGAUACGUUGCUUUGUGUAUUGAUUAUUACAAUAUGAACACAAUUCCACAAGUCUGUGCUCAAACAAAAUGAAUAAAAUACCUGUUUUUAAACGUU